AUGAGUUUAAGUUAAGUAAGAUUAUCAUAUCUACUUGAAAGGCAGGGCGUUAGGCUAUAAAUCCAAUUACAGGAGAAUCUCGAUUUUAACCUCAGGAAUAUCGUCGUUCUUAAGAAGUCAAGAAUGAACCUACUAGAACAGCUGAAUCAAGGAGAAAUUUUGUUAAUACUUCAGUGCCUGUUGAAAAUUAGGAACAGAGUCACUUUUAAAUGGAUAGGAUUGCUCAAUUAUAGGAUUAAGUGUAAAUGCUGGAAAAGUAACUUACUUAGGAAGUCAAGCGAAAUUCAAAAAUGUUAGUUGAGUUGGAAAGAGAAGUAAGGACAAGAGGAUAAAUGGGGGAUGUAUUAAUUAUCUAAUGAUAAUAGCCAAACCAAAUGUUUGAGGACUUGUAAAAUAAGAUGUAUUCACUGGAAACAAAGAUUAUAGCUUAGGAUAGACAGAAGAGUGAAUUGGGUUCUAAAGUGGCUAUAUAGGAGCAGAAUAUAAAGGAGUUGUUGUACUUUUUGAAGAACACUUAGAAUAAAGAUACAAACGAAGUAUUGUAGAUGAGAGGAAUGUUGCAGGAAAAGAUAACUGAAGAAAGUUCACAACUGUAAAAGGAAAGAGAGAAGACCAAAGCUUUAUUUAUGGAGAUGGUUAGAUUGGGAGAAUUGUAGGAAAAAUUGUAGGAAUCGCUUUCUACUUCUCAUCAGCAUUUUGAGCAAAGAAUAAAUGGGAUGGAGAGCAAGAUAUAUAAUGGGGAGAAAGCCUUGAUUCAAGUAGCUUAGAGAGGUGAUUCAGGAAUGAAUUUCAUUAAUGAGACUAAUGAAAGAAUAGAGAAGAGAGUGAUGGCAUUGGAGGCCAAUUUAUUAGCAUUAGGGGUAUGAUUAGAUUAUUAAGUGGAUUAGAAAGAUUAAUUAAAAGAUCAUGAACAGAUCAAUAGGGUUGAUAUGGCCAACUAGAGAAUAUAGGAGGAGUUCAAGGGAAUGUUGCAAUUAAUCUAAUAGGAUUAUACUCAAAGAUUAGAUACUCGAGUGACUGAGGUUAUCAAUAGAAUUGUUAUGGAACAUGAGUAGAGAGUCAAAACUAUGGAAGAGAUGAAAUAAGCAUGGAGUUUGAAGGAUUAGAUUAAUAUGGAGAGAUUGUAAUACGAGAGAGAGGAAGUUAUUUAAAAAUUAGGAUCAUUAGAGUAAUUUCAAAGAAUUGAUUCAUAAAAGAAGGAUGAAGCCAUUCGUUCAUUGUAAACUAUUAUUGAGACUUAAGUGAAUUAAAUUCUAGUAAAUAUUUAAAAUGAAGAAGCCCAAAGAUAUUCACAUGAGGUUUAAUUAAGAGGCGAUUUAUUAAAAAUCUAAGAGAAUAUCAAAUCAGAAAAUGAAUUAUUCAAAACUCAUUAAGCUAAUAUCACAGAGAAGAUUACAGAUAUGAUAAGAAUUGAAGUGCAAACAAGAUUGUCAACUGAUACUGAAUUGAAGAAUCUUACAUCUGCCAUUGCAACAGAUAUAGUCUCUGAUUUGAAUAGUUUAAAGGAUUAGAUAGAAAUGGCUAACAGGGCUUUGCAAACAUAGGUUAAAUAAUUGGAGAAAGAUUAAGCAGAAAAAGCAGAAAGACUAUCUUUGUAUAUUGAUGAUGAAAUAAAUAAAGUAAAAAGUUAAUUUAAUUAUAUUAAUAGGCAAUUAAGACAUCUGCUUAGAAGUAUGAAAAAGUGAAAGUGAUAUUUUCCAAAUUUGGGGAAUCCUUUAAAUAACAUAUAACAGCCUUUGAAGGGUUGAAAUAGGAUCUGAAUUCUCGGUAGACGAUCAUUGAAUAGAAUAUUGACAUGAUUAGACAGGACUUUUAGACAGUGAUCGAGGAUCAAUAGUCACACUUGUUAGAGAGAAUAUCAAUUGAAAAAAAUCAAAUCUUAGAGGCUGUGAAUGCUACUGUCUAAUUUUUGGAAGACAAAGUCAAUAAGUUAGAUGAAGAUUGCUCAAAUAAAUUCAGAAUAUUCAGAGAGGUCAUUGAGGAAAAUCAGCAAGUAGUUGUUGAAAAAACAAAACUUAUACUUGAUUAGAAUGAGUCUUAUUAAUAGACUCAAAUGAAAGGAUUAAAGUUGAUGGCUGAAAGCAUUUAGGAGUUGAAGUAAUCAUACUAUCCAUCUAAUUUAGAUCAUAAUAGCAAAUAAUCAAGGAGGACCAUCAGAAUCAGAUUAAGGACGUCAAUUAGGCUGUGGAAAAUACUAGAUAGGAUAUUCAACAAACUAAUACUAAUAUCAAAGAGAUGAAUGAAAUCUAGAUUUAACACAAAAGUAUUUUGGAUGAAAAUCAAACUGACAUUGAAAUACUCAAGAAGGAGAAUGAAACUAUUAUGAUCAAAUAGCAAGAUAUCGACAAGAAUGUUGAGUUGUUAAAUGCAGAACAGAAGAAGAUUCAUAGUAGUUUUUAGAUACUCACUCAAAGUGUUGAAUCCGUGAAUGAGAAGACUUUGACCAUUGGGGAACGAGUGGAUUCUCUCAACACUAAUUUUCAAUAGUUGUAAGAGGAACUUAGAUAGAUUGAUUAAAAGAAUUCGAAAUUAGAAGGGGACUUGGAGGAUUCAAAUCUCAAGGUUAGCAAUGAUAUCAAGAGUAUGGAGACUAGAUUGGAAGAUUCAUAGAAAACAAUUAAUGCCAUUUAGGAUGCUGCAAGGCAAAAUGAUGAUCUUGAUAAAAAAUAAAAUCUAGAAAUUGAUGAAUUAUAGUAAUCAGUCAAAAAUCUACAAGAUAGACUUAAGUAAUUGGCCCAAUUACCCGCUUGA